GCCAGUGUCCUUUCUUGAAGCCCACACACACACACACAAACUCUCUCUCUCUCUCUCUCUCUGCGCGCAAAACACACUCUCUCUGAGCUCUUGCUCAGAUCCAGGAUUCCACAGAACAGGGUGUUUUUGACAAGUAUUGAGAAUUAUGUUGGCACGGUAGUUAUGCAAGUUUGUUGCUGAUCAUAAGUUAUUGUAGAAUGACUUGAAGUUUUGUAAUCUUGGAGAAGAUAAUGGAAGAAAUACAAUCACAAGCAGAUAAUUAUAGGUCUUCCUCGUCUUCAGCAAGCAGUCCAGCAAGCAGGGUGCCCUCAAGUAAUUUUUUCUACUUGCGAAAACCUGGCUCACUCAGACAACCCAUCUCAUUCGAAGAUUCACCUGAAUGGGAGGAUACAGACAUUGAUGUUAGGGUGGAGGAAGGAGGUGACUCUAUCAACAUUGCAACCACACCGGUCUCCCCAUCUCUUUCAAAACUCAAUAGUGGGUCUUUGCCAUCCCCACCAUUACCAGAGGGUGCAACUGCAGUAAGAAAGAUUGCAGGGGCUUCAGUUGUGUGGAAAGAUUUGACUGUUACAAUUAAGGGGAAAAGAAAGUACUCUGACAAGGUUGUGAAGAGUUCAAAUGGUUAUGCAUUGCCAGGAACUAUAACAGUAAUUAUGGGUCCUGCUAAAUCGGGGAAGUCUACGCUACUAAGGGCAAUUGCAGGAAGAUUGCCUCACUCAGCCAGAAUGUAUGGUGAGGUGUUUGUGAAUGGUGCAAAAUCGCACAUGCCGUAUGGUUCAUAUGGUUUUGUUGAGAGGGAAAUCACUCUAAUUGGAUCCCUCACUGUCCGGGAGUUUCUGUAUUACUCAGCGCUGCAUGCCAUCCAUGCCAUGUCACUGGAUGACUGUUCAAACAAAUUGAUUGGUGGUUACUGUUAUAUGAAGGGCCUUUCAAAUGGCGAGAGAAGGCGUGUUAGCAUUGCCCGGGAGCUUGUGAUGAGGCCUCAUAUUUUAUUCAUAGACGAGCCUCUUUAUCAUCUUGAUAGUGUCUCUGCACUUCUGAUGAUGGUAACAUUGAAGAAACUAGCAAGUACAGGUUGUGCUAUUAUAUUUACCAUUUAUCAGAGCAGCACAGAAGUAUUUGGCCUUUUUGAUCGGAUAUGUCUGCUUUCAAAUGGAAAUACUCUAUUUUUUGGAGAAACAUUGGCUUGCUUACAGCACUUCUCAAAUGCUGGAUUUCCUUGUCCGAUUAUGCAAAGUCCUUCUGAUCACUUUUUACGCGCAAUAAAUACAGAUUUCGACAAGAUCAUUGCAAUGUGCAAAAAUUGGCAGGAUGACAAUGGUGAUUUUUCAUCAGUGAACAUGGAUACAGCUGUGGCAAUACGUACCCUUGAAGCAACUUAUAAAUCAUCAGCUGAUGCUGCUGCAGUUGAAACUAUGAUAUUGAGACUUACGGAGAAGGAAGGUCCAGUACUUAAAAGCAAGGGAAAGGCUGGAACUGCUACACGAAUUGCAGUUUUAACUUGGAGAUCAUUAUUAAUAAUGUCAAGGGAAUGGAAAUACUACUGGCUUCGUCUUAUUCUUUAUAUGAUUUUUACACUCUCCGUUGGUACAGUAUUUUCUGGCUCAGGGCACUCUUUGUCUUCAGUUGUGACAAAAGUUGCAGCAAUAUUUGUAUUUGUUUCAUUUACUGCGCUACUAAGCAUUUCUGGAGUACCUGCAGUUAUAAAAGAAGUCGAGGUAUACACAAGUGAAGAAUCAAACCACCAUUUGGGGGCACUAAUCUUUUUGUUUGGGCAGCUUCUCUCUAGCAUCCCAUUCCUGUUUCUCAUCUCCAUUCCAUCAAGUGUCGUCUUCUAUUUCCUUAUAGGAUUGCGAGAUGAGUUCAGCUUGUUAAUGUACUUCAUGCUGAAUUUCUUCAUGUGCCUCUUGGUAAAUGAUGGAUUAAUGCUGGUUGUUGUUUCUUUGUCGCGAGAUGUUUUCUGGAGCUCCCUGACUCUGGUAUCUGUACAAGUGGUAAUGAUGCUAUCUGCGGGGUAUUUCAGAAUUCGAAAUGCUUUGCCUGGGCCAGUGUGGACAUAUCCAAUAUCCUAUAUUGCUUUCCAUGCGUACUCUAUACAGGGGCUGUUGGAGAAUGAGUACAUAGGGACUUCCUUUGCAGUUGGGCAGGUAAGGACCAUAUCUGGGUAUCAGGCACUUCGUAGUGCAUACGACAUCUCUCCGGACAAAAAUUCCAAGUGGCAAAAUUUAUUGAUCUUAUUUCUAAUGGCAGUUGGGUAUCGUAUUCUCGUCUUUGUUGUACUGUACUUCCGUGUUGGGAAAAAAAAAUCUUUACAUAACAUUUUCAAGUGUAAUCGGGAUACAACAAACAAUGCAAGAUGAAUGAAGUCGCCACUUGCAAUGAGUGUUGUUUGGCCGUCACAUUUUUGUAAUUCCCUGUUGUCCUUAGGCAAGUGCAAUUUUGCUGUGAGAACCUGCUUAUGAUCUAUGAAAUGAUAAAGUGCAUAUUUUAGGG